AUGUCACAUAAACUCACGUAUACAGUUGGUAAUCCAAGAGUUGGCAAGAUAAUAGUUGCUGCUUAAUUAGCCAAUAAUUUAAAGCUUUAGAAGUACAAAUCUUUUAUUUGCAUUAGACUCCAGCGUUUUUUUGACUAAGAUCACUGUAGGUAAAUUUCCUUUGUUAGAAACACCAGAAGGAUAUCUAGCUCAAGCAAUGCCAUAUUGUAAUAUGUUACCAGAGGAAAACCUUUGGUUGGAAUAACAGAUUAUCAAUAAGCAAUGGUUAGAUUUUACAUCGCUCGAAUUGGAACCUACUCUACUUGGUUUGCUGUUGCCAAUUCUUGGUUUUGGAUUGACAACACUCUAAAAAUAAGAAGAAAUAAAAAAGAAUUGAAUUGGAAAUUAAAAAUAUUAGAAAAUCACUUUAAAAAAAACAAUUUCUUGGUUGGCUAAUUAUUAACAAUUGCUGAUUUAAUUUUAGCAACUUAUUUCUAAAGAUUAUUUCCUUUACAUUUGAUAUACAAAUACAGAGAUACAAUUCCAAAUUAUUUCUAGAUAAAAUACCUGCAUUUUUGGAUUAUUAUGGAAAAACCAAAUAUUGCCAUAAAACCUUUCCCAUUAUAAUAUUAUUAAUAAUAAUAAUAAAAAUAGUUAAAAUAAUAAUUACCAUAAAAUACUUAAUAAUAAAAGGCUCAUUCAAAAGAUGAAGGCGAAGAAGAGAAGCCAAUAAAAUAAUAAUGUGAAUUUGAUUUAUUACCAUAAUCUACUUUCAACAUUGACGACUGGAAAAGAUAAUUUUUAGCAUCAAAAAAUUUUGCUGCUGAAUUCAAAACAUUUUGGAACAUUUUGAUUCUUAAGGAUGGUCUAUAUGGAUUAUUAAAUAUAUUAAGGCUGAAUAAGAUGCAAAGAACUGAUCCUCAUUUUAAAAAAUGGCCAUUUGCUAUCCACAGUGUCUAUGGGGAUGUUCCAGAUUUUUAAAUCUGUGGAGCUUAGAUAUGGAAAGGAACUGAAAUUCCAUAAUUUUUAAAAGAUCAUCCAACAUUUGAAUAUUUAUAAUUGACUAAACUUGAUGCUUCUAAGCCAGAAGACAUAGCAUUAUUUGAGGAAUAUUGGCUUGAUUAAACUGAAGAUGAAUCAAAGGUUUAAGGACUUACAGCAAGAGCAUUACAUUAUUUUAGAUGAAUUAAAUAUGUAUAAAAACA